AUGUCGGCACGCGAGGUCGAACUGGAGGUGACACCCGACACCUUCGGCUUCAGUCAAGGCAGCUCUGGCCUGCGGAACCGCCACCAAGCUGUUCCCAACGGAAGUGCCAUCGACGAAGACACUGGGUACCCGCGCGUUCUUCAGGAGGCCUCGUCGCUGCAAGAGCGCAGACAAAGCUUCAUUUUGGUCCUCAUCUCCGGAGCCGAUGUCAUCAGCAGUGCCGUCAUGAUGGGCGUUGCCUUCAAGUUUGCGUACCGAGCCAUUGGGGCAUCACUGUACUGCCUGGGCUUGCAGGCGAUCUCCCACAUGCUGUCUUCCAUCAUUUUGAUCGUGCGCUUGGUGGGAGAGUUGGGUGUGCCACAAGAUGCGGAAGAAUCCUUGCUCAGGGAGAAGAGACGACGCUUCUUGUACCGGGAGCAGGGUCUCAACGUGGUUAUGGGCCUGGCCAUGUUGGUUGCCGCAGCAGCCCUCGUUUUCAAGGCCGCCCGGAAGAUCAAGUUCUGGGACAAGUGGUACCUGGAUCAUCGAGACAUGGAUACGGAGGCCCAGUGGGCUACCGAAUUCCUGGCAUGGUACGGCUUCGCCUUCUACCUGCUUCAGGCAAUCGCACGCUUCUUCCUUGGGCGAAAGCUGCGAAGGGGCAUUGUUUGGAGUGCACUGGUGAACUCCGUCAUCAGUCUGAUCUUUCUUCUGGUCAUGGGAUUGGCAGCUAGCUAUGAGAAAGAAGGGAUGUGGAAGGCAGAACCGAUCUGCGCCAUUGUUCUUGCAAUUGUCAGCGUGGUUGAGGGCAUACGGAUUGUCAUCUCCAACAUGGAUGCGUACGGCUCAGGACGCAGGUCCCCUUCCCUUCUUGUCCGUCUCCUUACCAGAUCUGUGCACUCUGCCGGCAGCAGACGACGACAGCAGUAG